ACCGCCCGUUUUGAGCGUAAUGUCAAAAAGACUGUCGAGUUUACCAAAGCGUUGACCGGGUUUAGGGACGUGUGCGACAACGACCAAAUCGCCCUGGUCAAAUACGGGGCCAUCGAUGUGAUCAAUUUGCGCUCGGUCUCCUAUUGGGACAACGAGAAUGACUGCUGGAAUGUGUCACUUGACAAUGACAACAUAGUCAAACUGCCACUCUCUGUGUUCAAUAUCACAACACACACUCCUAUGUAUAGCGCGUUUAAAAUGUAUUUCCAAUACAUGUGCGCCGAGUGGGACACCGACCCGAUCAUUGUUGAUUUGUUAUCGGCUAUAGUUAUAUUCAAUCCAAACCGUCCGGGACUGACCCACAAGGAUGUUGUCAAAUUUCAACAGAAGACAUACAUGUAUUUACUUCAACGAUAU